GGAGUGGGAGGGGGUCGACAAGGGGACAGGGGUGUAGGGACGGGUUGGAGACGAGCGAGCGAGCGAGCCACAGCAAGCAGUUCCAAUUCCACCGGCUGGUUGGGGUUUGUUGGUAACAGCGUCGACGGCGGCAGCGGCAGCGGCAACAGCACCAGCGGCGCAAAGCAGCAGACAGAAGCAGGCGAGGGUUGCGGUGCUAUGCGGUGCGAUACGUGGUUCGACCUCGAUGAAUCGUUUAGUCGUGGUUGGUUCCUUGCGCGUGGUAAGGUAGGCCCAGCGUUGUCGUCCCUCCGAAAUGCGGACAAGGGCAAGCUCUGGUCGGCUCGGUUCGUCGUGAGACGUCGGUCGGAGUUGGAGAAUGCUGAUUCAAGCGAAUCAAAUGACAGCGACUGGACAAACCUCCAAGUUAGCUCCAAGUCAGUAUCACGAGCUAUCCCAGUAUUGAGAUAUGAAGAUGCCUUUCUCUCGCCCCUUUCCCUGUUCCAAUGA